AUGUAAACUCACGCAAAAUAAGUGGUUGGAUUAAUCAAUCAAUUGCCUAAAAAAGAUGAGUUGAAAUUCUUAGAAAAACAACCAGGAAACAAAAAGGUUAUUUCAGAAACUAAUCAAGCCUUCAUCUCAGUCAUCAAUGGAUUGCGAUCUCUGAUCGGAGAUGUCUAAACUAAUUCAACAACUAUCCCAUUUAAAUAAAUAGAAGAAACAUUGGAUUAAUUCUUAGAAAAUGCAGCCAUUCAAUAUGACAAAAUGAAUAAAUUAAGUAUAGCUCCAAAACAACCCCAAGUUUAAAAAACUAAUUAAGCUAAACCAAAAGAUAUUUAUGGAUUUGCUGAUGUAAUCUAACUCAAUAAAUUACCUUUUAUUCCUGUUUUAAAAUAUAAGCAUUAUGCUUAAACAGAAUUAGAUUAAAAAAUAAUAGAAGCCUAAAAUAACCCAACUUUAUUUUUUGAAAAAUAUGCCAUUGAAGAAUUUACACACCCUUACUAUGAAGAAAUAACAAGGUUGACACCACAAGAUUUUGUACUUGAUGUACCUCCCAAAAUUAAUAGAUAUCGAGAUUUAGAACCUCCCAUCAUGAUUAAUAAUGCUGAUAAUUUGGGGGAACUUGUCCUUAAAAUAUAAAAUGAAGUGGAUUAGAAUGGUUUUAGUGAGAUUGCUGUAGAUUUGGAACAUAAUCAUUCAAUAUCUUAUUUGGGAGUGACCUGCUUGAUCCAAUUAAGCACAAGAACUCAAGAUUACAUAAUUGAUCCUUUUCCUCUAUGGAAAUAACUAGGAGACAUGUUAAGUGUUGUCUUUACGAACCCCAGAAUAGUAAAGGUUUUUCAUGGAGCUGAUAAUGAUGUACAAUGGCUGUAAAGAGAUUUUGGUUUAUAUAUUGUAAAUCUAUUCGAUACAUUCCAAGCCUCAAAGGAGUUAUUGCUUAUGUAAAAUUCCUUUUAGUUUCUGCUCUCAGAAUAUUGUAAGAAAUCUACAGAUAAAACAUAUUAAACUGCAGAUUGGACAUAAAGACCAUUAUCUGAUGAAAUGAUUAAAUAUGCUUAGAUUGACACACAUUAUUUACUUUACAUCUAUGACAGAAUGAGAUAAGAUCUGAAGAAGUUAAAUAAACCAAACGAGAAUCUAAAUAAUGUUCCAAAUUAUUAUAUUGAAAGUGUAUUAAAAAGAAGUAAGGACACAGCUCUCAAGAUUUACAAGAAACCUUUAUAAGAUUAAGAUUAAUCCUUGCAAACAAUUCUUAAUAAACAAGACAGAAGAAUGGAAGCAAAAAAUUUUGAUUUAAUGGUUAAAUUAUUAGAAUUAAGAGAAGAAUUAGGGAUUUAAUAUGAUCAAAAUCCAAGAUACUUUUUGCCCAAUCCAUUCUUAUUCAAACUGGUUGAAUCUAAGCCUACCUCAAUCUAAGAAUUAAAAAGCCAAUUGGGAGGUGAUAAGUAUAUUCACGAAAUUAUCAAAGAAAAUCUCUGGUAAUUUUUAAAGAUAUUGUUGGAAUUCGAUGAGAAAGUUCCGAUAGUCAAUGUCAUAUAGGAAGAAUAAAUAAAUACAACAUAGAUAUAAAUUGAGGAAAUGCGACCUAGUAUCUAGGUUGAACCAUUAAAAAUUGUCUAGAUCUCAGUUAACAUUAAGAAAUUUGACAAUCAAAAUAAAAGUGUUGUCAAAAAUCAUUUUAGAAAUGAAAAUGUUGAUUAAAUAAAAUCGCUAUUCCUUUGUGAAUCUCCUUUCAAGUUGUUAAAUGUAUUUUAUGAUGGACUGGGUUCUUAAAUAUUCUAAUCGAGUGAAGGAAUAAAGUUUAUAGCAAAACAAUAAAAAAUAGAAAAGAUUAAUACGGGCGAUUUCAUAUAGCUUCCAAAAUUAGAAGAAUAAAAUAGAGAUUAAUAGAAGGAUUAGGAUGUUAGAUUAAAUAACACACUUUAAAAUCAAUAUGGCACUAAAAUUCUAAAAAGGCAUUAAAAAAUAGAAUAAUAGAAAAUAUAAAAAUCUAACAUAAGCAACAGAUUUGAAAUUCCAUGA